GCUAGCUAGCUGAAAUGAAAGUAGUCAACGCCCUCCUCCAGCUCAAGAGACGACAAAUACGACUCAAACUCACCACCUGACACGGCCACCAAUCAACCAGGAGGCAGGCCAACACUCAACCCAUUCCUGCCUGCGGCAUUCCAAUCGGUUCACCUGAGGAAGCGGCCGAACCAUACCUACCGGUGAGCAUGUACUUGACGCACGUGACCAGCUUGAGCGCGCCCACAUUCACCUUUCCCUCCGGCGUCACCAAGGGAGGCGGCUCUGCUGAUGGGCUGCUCGGUGGCCGGGUGCGUGUCAUUGCCCGCAGUGCGGUCCAGUGCAAAAUGGGUAUGCGUCGGUUGUUAUCAUCCUUGUCGACAUACACGACCCGAGCCAGCUUGACGGGAUCGACGUCGUAGAAAGCAUGCACCUGACACACAAGGCAACACACACAGACACACACACACACACACAGUGGGUGACAGUCGGUAGGCCGCACCCAUGCAUGAAAUCACCUUUCGUCGGUUGUUGAGUGAGAGCGACCUGAGGAGUCUCUUGCCCUCCCUGCCCACGUUCCAGAUUCCGAACGCCCGCCAGUGGUCCAACACACACAACUCAAACUCACGCACCCUGCACACCGACACACACACACUGGUGCCUACGUCACGUCACGUCGCGUCGAGGCAUGGCUUGCCUGACGUCCCAGAUGUCCCGCGCGUCGACACGGAAUGAGGUGCACUCAGGGUGGUACCGGUAGGUCAGCAGACACUGCAGUGAGUGAUGGAAAGACACGAUGCUUGAUGCAUUUCGCGUAUGGAUGUAUGUGUUCAUUGCGGCCGCCACACCUGGUCAACGACGUGCAGCCCUCCCCCCUGCCGCAGGUGCUGGUACAGGAAGAUCAGAUCCUCCGGAGCAGCACGCUCGGCAUCCUUCUAACACAUAGACACCAUACACACACCACAGCACAGCGCACGAAACGAACGAAACGACUCAGCUUCCCUAGCGAUCUCCUUUGCCACUGACUCGUUCUUCUCACAGUGAAGCCGCCCACACGAUCAAAGACCUGACGGUGGCUGCAGCAGGACACACACAGCAUGCAACCGUGACUUUGGCGGGUUGCGCCUGCCGCUCACCAGAACCAGGUUGGCAUGGCGACAGGGCACUCGCGGAACCUCUGUGUGUAGACCGACUCAGGACCUAGACUGUUCAGCCUGACAGACGCGCCCACGCACCCAAGAAAACGAUGACAACCAUCACUGUUAUAUUCUCCGUGUAUGUGCAGCUGACCAUUCCGCAUAGCGCCCUGUCGAGCCCGGAGGCCACCUGCGAUGAAAGCGAACAGAAACAAACUGAUGCCAGCCUGUCUGUCCGUCUGUCUGUCUGCAGAUCGGGUCUGACCUCUCAAAUCUCGACCCGACGAUAGACCACUGCAGGUGCUGCGCUGCCGCGUGCUGACACACACCACACCACACCACACAAACACACGUCUGGCUGUCAAGUAGUGGUCUGCAGUGCCUUCACACACCUGUUUCUCAAUUCGUUCAUUCUUCAUGAUAUCAUCAGCGUCUUGGAAGCAGAGAAACCGACCGCGGCUCAGAGCCACUGAGAAGCAGCACAGCAACCAUCUGCCACUGAUGGAUGGAUGAAUGGAUGGAUGGAUGGAUGCGCAGCCACCGACCUGCUCUGUUCUUUGCACAGCCAACUCCUCCCGAGUGGCCAUCGGUGUUGUGUGAAGCUGUUGUCCUGAGCCCGGCCUCCUGCAGGCGGGGCACCCACUGUGUGAUCAUGCCUGCAGUGCCGUCGGUGCUGCAGUCGUUGUAAAGCACCUGAUAACGCGAUGAUGAGUCAAAAGCAACAAGCACGACGGAUCUCUUGUGCGCGAGCCCACCACUUCGAUGGAGAGGUGACGGAGCGCUGUCUGUGCGACGAUGGACUCGAACAGUUCAUCCAGGAACGCCUCUCCGUUCUUGAUGGGCACGAUGAUGCUCACUUCAACGUCAUCACCCAUCGCCGUCGGCUCUCUUCAGGUGUAAUCAUUAGAUGCGGGACGGACCACGAGUGUGAUUUGUUU